AUGAAUUUGCCUUCUUGAUUUUGCGGUGAUCGCAGUAAACGUAGGAAGUCGGGAGUAAAAAUGGCGUCGUAUGCAUGUUUCGGACGCGAUCGUGAUUGUUCGAUUUUAAGCGUGACGUCAUCAGAUUCCUGCAAUCCGAUUGGCUGUUUUCACUCGCGGGGCAUUUAAACUUGUAAAUAAACACCGAGUGAGAUACAAAAAUUUCAGAACUCUGAUAUUUUGAUCAUUUUCUUUGAGAAGAUUGUUUUUUUGUUAAUUAAGAGGCCACCUCUGGAAAAGGCAUUCGAGAAAGCAUGUCGGGCAUGAACUUUCAGAAGAAAUUUAACACCACACCUCCAGACAAAGGUAGUUUCCCACUGGACCACGACGGAGAGUGCAAAACUGAGAUGCUAUAUUUCAUGCAGUGUUUGUCAAAGAACAAUAAUAACAACUCAGAGUGUCGGCCAGAAGCUAGGGAAUAUUUAGACUGUAGAAUGAAGCACGGGUUGAUGCAAAAAGAAGAGUGGAAUAAACUCGGAUUUAAAGAAAAAGAGUAGCUUUCAGGUUGAAAAUAUUAAAAAAAAAAAAUUAUUUGUGAUAUUGACUGCCAAUAAAUUAGACACCAUUAAAUCAAUCUGUAAUUUUUUCUUAAAAAUCCAAUUUUGUUUCAACUUUGUGACAUUUUAUUAAUAAUAUCUGAGUAUACAAAUCUAUUUGACAUACAUUAUCUGCACUUUCACUUCAAUCAGUGUUUCAUAAUCAGUUACAGUCAACAUGCAUAAUACAUUAAUAGUCGCAAUACACUUGUUAAUGUGUAAGAGGUCCUGCAAUAUAAUAAAAUAAUGAAGAAGCUCUACAAAGAGGAUGGCAUCUUGAAGUCCAAUAGAUUAUCAACAAGUUUCUUUAAGUGGCACUAAAAACUUAGCUCCUAUUAAAAGAUGGCACUAUAUGAGCAAAAAGAAACACCACCGGUGGAAAAAAAAUUAGUCAACAAGAAAAGAGUGGCGAAGCAUCACAAAAGUUGAAAUUAAAAUUGUGCUCCAGCCAAAGGACUGAUAAAGAGCAUCUAGGCUUAUUUACAGAUACUUGUUAGUGAGACAUGUUCGAAUUUAAGUGUAUAGUUAUUUACAUUAUGUUUUAGCCAUUAAAAACACUAUACAUGCAUUCAGUCUUGUUGUCUGUUUCUUACAACAU